AUGUCAGGACAAUAUGAAAUCACAGUGAGCAAAGCAGUUCCCAAAUAUUCGGAUCGCUGUUUCUUUCCACAAUCCGUAUUGUCUGAAAUUUUGGAUCAAAAUGCGACUCUCCCACAUCCGUUAGUGUUCAGACUCACUAAUAAGGAGGGACAAUCGACAUUGGUGGGAGUAAGAGAAUUCACAGCUCCCGAGUACCACAUACUAGUUCCGGAGGAGGUAUCUCUGCUGAUAGGACAAGGUGUUGUCACGAUCGAAUUGGUGGAAAUGCCUAAAGCCACAUUCCUUCAGGUGAAACCUCUACAAUUCUACCCGCAAGUCACUAACUGGAAAUACUAUCUAGAGUCAUUUUUGAGCAAGAACUAUACUACGCUAAGCAAGAAUCAAACUUUUGGGUAUUGGGAUGACGUUGCCAACACAGCAGUGGAGUUAGUUGUGGAGGACACAAACGAGGAAUCAGUGGUAGUAGUAGAUACCGACAUUGUACUUGAUGUUCUUCCUUUGAAUGACAUCAUGGCAGCACAGCAGCUCGAACAGGCAAAAACCAUGGAAGCCCUCGAAAACAUCCCCAUACUCGAGCCUAUACUGAUCCUUGAUUUAGAACCUUUCAAUAAAGCGGCUGUCCCUCAGAUAUUCAAGGUUAAUGUGCUUAACUACAAAUCGAAGAUUUGCAUCGAGAUACAAGGCGAAGAUAUUGCUAAUAUGGAUAUUCUUGGAGGAAUUGAUAAGUUCAUCACCUUGGACUGUUUUCUUUGGUGUACUAUGACACAAGAUGACGAAGAAAUUAAACGCCUCGUGGUGGAUCUUUCAAGUGACACUGUUGCCAACUUUGUACAAAAGAAUGGGGACCAGACAGAAUGCUACAUCUACCUUGUAUUUUUUGCCUGGGAGCACAAUACUCGAGUUAAGGUGAAAGUGUCUGAAGGCAAAUCGGCAGAAGAAGUCACAGCUGCUACACAUCAGACAAAUUCUGUCGAGCAAGUGCAAUGUCCAAACUGCUCAGCAUACAUCUCAAAAGCCAACAUUCAGCUUCACGAAGUAGCUUGUCGCCGGAAGAAGAAGUGUAGUUGCGGUGAGCUAUUCAUGGGUAAUAUUCCACUGGCUCACUGGCAUUGUGAUAUUUGUGGGCCAUCAGUUCAUGGAAAUUCAAGUUUGUUUAAGAUGAAGCAUCAGAAGAUUUUCCAUCAGCAUCCAUACCAGUGUGACAAGUGCUCUCUGGAAACAGAAUUUAACAACUUCAUUGAGCUCGUUUCUAAACAUAAGGCUACAGAAUGUCCUCAAAAACUUCAUGAGUGCAUUUUCUGCCACAUGAUACUUCCGCAAGGAGAAGCUACAUACCAGGAUAAGUUUAACAACUUAACCCAUCAUGAAAGUGAAUGUGGGAGUAAAACCACAGAGUGCUUUGAGUGCGGAAAAGUUCUUAAGACCCGUGAUAUGACUAGCCACAUGAAAAUGCAUUACAUGGAUAAGAAGGAGAAGAGCACACUGGUCGUAAAGCAUUGUUCUAAUACCGUAUGUGUGUCGAUUUUUGAAGACGGAUCUGAUGCAUCCAACGAGCUUGGGCUCUGCGACACAUGUUAUCGACCAUUAUACGCUUCAGUUCAUGAUCCUACAGGCAGUAAACUUCGAAAUCGGAUUGAGCGAAAGUACAUCAUGCAAUUGACUAAAGGUUGCGCUAAUGCAUGGUGUGACAACCCAGAAUGUGGCACAGGAGGAACAAAGUUGGACAUAAAGCUGGCCCUUCUGCGGGUUCAAGGAUUAAUGGCACAGAUUCAUUCUUUGCCGAAAAACUUUAAUUCGCCUGGCUCAGAAAACCGAUUUUACUUUUGCAUUAGCGAGAAUAUCGCAAGACGAAAAACACUCUUGAAGAAGUUACUCGAAGAGAAUAUAUCAGAGUCGCUUGCAUAUCGUGCAGUUUGGAAAUCUGUCGAUGAGGAGUCUGUUCGCAGUUGGGUGAACCAGAAUAGCAUAGUUUUUUAG